CUCCGGCUCUGUUGUGAUUCGGCUGAAGAAAGGUCUGUUUUCAAUCAUCUAAAGUGUUUAAAUCCAUGGAAACCGUUCCGAUAAACUCAACUGAGACACACGUGACACACUAUUAUAAAGAUGGCGUUUAUUAAAGAGGAGAGAGAAGACGUGAAGAUUGAAGAAACAUUCAGAGUCAAACAUGAAGAUACUGAGGAACAAACAAAGAUGGAGUUUAUUAAAGAGGAGAGUGAAGACGUGAGGAUUGAAGAGGCUUUCAGAGACAAACAUGAAGAUACUGAGACACAAACAGACAUGAUGGCGCUGAAAGAAGAGAGUCAAGAUCUGAAUCAAACAGAAGAGAAACAGCAUGCUUUCAUAACCGGAGAAAAACCUUUCAAUUGUUCAGAGACUGAAAAGACUUUCUUUGAAAAAAGAGCUCAGAAGACUGGAAGUGGAAAAUGUUUCACCUGCCAACAGUGUGGAAGGAGUUUCUCUCAGAAAGGACAUCUCAAGACUCAUAUGAAUAUUCACACUGGAGAGAAGCCGUUCACAUGUGAUCACUGUGGAAAGAGCUUCACGCAUCAAGGAACCCUUUAUACCCACAUGAGUCUUCACACCGGAGAGAAGACUUACACCUGCAAACUGUGUGGAAAAACGCUGAAUCGAAAAGGAAAUCUUCAGACUCACAUGAGAACUCACACCGGAGAGAAGCCGUUCACUUGUGAUCAGUGCGGAAAGAGUUUCACUCGUAAAGAAAGCCUUAAUAAUCACAUGCGGAUUCACUCGAGAGAGAGCUGCUGUGUAUGUCAUCAGUGUGGAAAGCGUUUCGCCGACCGUAAUCACCUUAAGAAGCACAUAAUGACUCACACUGGAGAGAAGCCUUUCAUGUGCCAGCACUGUGGAAUGAGUUGCGCAAACAACACAAACCUUAAAGUCCACUUGAGAGUUCACACCGGCGAGAAGCCGUUCACCUGCCAACAGUGUGAAAAGAGCUUCUCACGGAAAGAAAGUCUUAAGGAUCACAUGAGAGUCCACACUGGAGAGAAGCCGUACACAUGCAAACAGUGUGGAAAGAGCUUCACAAAUAAAGGAUCCCGUUACAGCCACAUGAGGACUCACACUGGAGGGAAGCUUUUCACGUAUCUUUGAGAAGACUUUGGUAUAGCAAAUAGAUCUGAGAAGUCAUUUGCAAACUCCUUCUGGCAAGAAAGAGGUUUCGAAAAAGGAGCAAUUA